CUAAAAGAUUGCUUUACAAAGCAACCAAAAAGAAGAUACCUUAAUAACAGGGCAAGCUGAAAGUCCAAGAUUCUCCUCAUUUCCCCCCACAUAUUUUUUAAUGUCUUUAAACUUUUGAAAUGGGGUCAAAACACUCUAAGGCUCACCCUAGGGUCACCAGAGUGGCCCCUAUGCAAGAAAAAGACUCAAUGUCUUCACCAGCCAGCUCUGUGGACUUGGUAUUCAGUGACACUCCAGAGGAACAAAGUUUAUAUUCAUUUCCAAGACUCCAAGAGAAGAAGAAAACAUUGGACAGGCAGCUACCACCACUUCGGGAGACUUUGUAUGGAAAAUAUUCUUCAGGUCUUGAAGUGCCCAGGCCCAUCUCUGUUGAUAUUCCACUGGAAAUGGGAGAAACAAGUAUUAUUAAAAGACAUCCACCCCGAAGAUUUCAAAUGCUCAAGCCUCUUGAACCACAAGUCAUCACUGCUGAGCAGUUCUUGACCCAGAAAGAAGCCGAGGCCACACGAAAGAAAAAGCAGGAGCUGGAAAAGAGAAUGCAAGCUCUGACAUACUCUUCUGGGAAAAGGCAAUAUUUACACAAAAUGAAAAUGCUGGAAAUGAACAGCAAGAAGCAAGAGGCUCAGGCUGAGUUAAAGCGAAGUCUCCACAGAGAAGCAAGAAUUAAUAAACACAAAAUGAGAGAACUCAAAGCCAAAAAAGUCCUAGAAAACAUGCCAAGAAAUAAUGAUAGUGAAGACUUUGUAACUAUAGAACCUGAUGUACCCAUGAAUGGAAAGAGAGAUAAUGAAUGGAAUAGAGAAUUUGCAAAGUAUCCUGAACGGAGUGAAUAUCAUCCCAGGAAGAGUGAUGAAUUGAGAAGAUGGUCACUCAAACAGCAGGUCCAAGAUGAACUAUUUUGGGACAGUUCUAGCACCAAUUCAGAUGAGUCCAGAAAAGAUGAAAGGAAAUCCUGGACCCUAGUGAGGACCAAGACAGAAAUAAUUCCACUUUUUGAUGAGUUCUUUGAUCAAAUUAAGUGACAAAAUUAAGAGAACUUUGCAUCAAUCAGGAUUUCAUUGGGAGGAGAAAGGGAAGAAUUUAAACAUUGAAUUACUUGUGAUUCUAGGACCUAGAACAGUGCCUGGCAUACAGGAAGUGCUUAAUAAAUAUUUGUGGAUUGAUUGCUUAA